AUGGGUAAUCAGUCAAAAACGUGCGUGCAUGCACGCAGGGGGUCGGAAAAGAUAUCUUGGAAGAAAGAACCUGAAAGAUAUGGCUUCAUGGAUCGGGUUUACCCCUCCGGCCUUCAGAAUCGAACGCACGAAGCGCGCGCGAUACUCGCGCGAUCGUCCGCGGGACGACGCGCAGAAGCGAUGACGCGCGCAUCCGCGCGCGCGCGGCGGGCGCCCGCGCCUAAGGACCCGCCCGCCGCGGCGACGAGGGCGACGAAUCGAGGGGCCGCGGGCGAGAAAAAAUCGCAAAAAAGGAAGCGCCCGUGUGAUGACGACGCAGCGCGCGCGGCCCCUCCCGCGAAGGCGGCCGCCGCGGAGGUCACGCUCCCGUCGCAGCUCUCGCUGCCGCGCAUCAAGAUCGGAAGAGAAACGUCCGACGAGGCCGCGCGUCUGUCGAACAAGAGCUCGGACACGACAACGCGCGUCGCCGCGGACGCGGACGCGGACGACGCGUCCACGCCCACGGUCCGCGACGCUUCGGGCGAAAGAUAUGGCGCGACGGGGAAGCGUCCGCUCGCCGCGCCCCCCUCCGCCGCGCCUCCCUCCCGCGCGACGAAGCCGCUGCCGCGCGUGCGCACCAAACGCGUCGAGAAGUCCGCGUCGCUCGCGAAUCUGAUGCCGUCGCCGAACACGAACACCGCGACCGCGCUCGCGGCGGAGGACCUGGUCUUCGCGCGCGAGGGGGGCGCGUCGGAUUUCGCGGACGACAUCGCGCGCGGCGUCGUCACCCCCAAGUACGCGGACGUGCCGUUCGAGGAGCUGUUCGAGUGGAAUCCCAGCAAUAAUUCGCCCACGCUCGCGGCGGCGGAGGCUGCCGCGGCGUUCCGAACGGAGGCGACGCUAGAGGAGCGCGAGAGGAGCGCGACGGAAAGGGGGCUCGAGCCGGAGGAGAUGACGGCCAUCAUGGCGGCGCGCGCGGCGGCGGCGCGUCGCGCCGACGCCGAAAAAAACCGCCUCCCCGGCGCCGACGCGCGCGCGGGUCACUCGUCGCGAUGCACGCUCGCCGAGCGCUUGUCGCGACACAAGGAGGAGUGCAUCAUGGCGUCGUCGUUCGACCCGCCCGCGAACCUCGUGCGCGCGGAGGCGGCGGCGAAGGACGACGCGAACGCGAUCGCCGACGCGAUCGUCGACGCCGACGCGAACGCGAACGCGAACGCGACGAGGGGGGAAGACGCGCGCGGGGAGAAGACGAAGAAGAUGGCGGCGGCGGACGUCGCGAGGACGCUCGUCGCCGCCGCGUUGGAGAAUCACGUCGCGGUGGGCGCGCGCGAGCCGCGGGACGCGGCGUUCAAGAAGCGACGGCAGUCGCUGGUGUCGUCGAUGACGAGCUCGGAGUCCCAGAAGAUUACGCUCGCCGAGCUCGUGCGGCAAAACUCGGUGAGCUCGGCGUUCGCGUCCGAGGCGGCGGCGGCGGCGGAGGGAAAAGCCGUCGAGUGCUGA